CUUGGCGUCCAUUUAGAGUCUUGGCAAGUAGGUACAUUCCGUAGAGCGAGCUGCCAGAUUGGUCCUGGUAGACAUUCAGAUGCCUCGCCUGGGCUCUCUCUCACCCACACUAACUGUCUCUCAGUCUUUCCCCCUUGCUAUGGGCUUUUACAUAUGUCCGGGACCAUUGUAAUCGAGCAUCUGGUGAGUUUGCCAUCUGGAACAGAGUGCUUAGUGCCCACUAGGAUAAGAGUGGAGACACAAUCGAGGCCACGCUUCUUCCUGGGACAAGACGGCAUCAAACAAUGGCGGCAAAUUUUAAUGACAUUGUGAAACAGGGAUAUGUGAGGAUUCAGAGCAGACACUUUCGGAUCUACCAGAGAUGCUGGCUGGUGUUAAAGAGAGCAUCCAGCAAAGGCCCAAGACGGCUGGAGAAGUUCCUGGAUGAACGAGCAGCACGCUUCCACUGUUAUCACAAGGUAACAGAGCUGAAUAAUGUGAAGCAUGUUGAAAGGGUUCCUAAGGGGACAAAGAAGCAUGCGGUUAUUGUGACGUUCAAAGACGACUCAUCUAAAACGUUUGCUUGUGAGUCAGAGCUGGAAGCCAAUGAAUGGUGCAAAGCUCUGUACACAGAGUGCUUUGAGAGUAAGAUGAAUGACUUUAACUUAGUGGAGCCCGACUUGUUGGCCACUGGAAUAUAUAGAGGCGGAACUGGGGAAUUCCACGUAUUUUUAAUGCCGAGUCGAAACCUGGAUUUCCACGGGGAGUGCGUCCUUCAGAUCACCGCAGAGACCAUCUCCCUAUGGAACGUGUUUGAGCCCCACCUCAAGAUAGUGUCUUGGCCUCUAACGGGCCUCCGUCGUUAUGGCCAGGGACAGACGUGGUUUUCCAUCGAGGCCGGCAGGAUGUGCGAAACAGGCGAGGGCCUCUUCACCUUCCAGACCCGGGAGGGAGAGGCGAUAUACAGCAGGCUGCAUGCAGCAGUGCUGGCCGCCGCCGAACAGUGUGACUGGCUGAGCAACACGCCUGCAGGCGAAGGGAUCUCGGGUGAGGCUGUCUCAGCGCCUGCGAACCUGGCUAAGUUUCUGCCGCUGAGCAAAUUCUGGCCGCGAGUCACUCGGCAGAGCAACACGCGGCCAGCGGGGCACUUCAAUGUCAGCUAACACUAAUUCGGGAUAUCAGUACUGAAUAACAAUAUCACAUCCUCAGAAAAGCCCAUUCCCUUUCGAGCAAUUGAUAUAAAGAGAACCUACAGCUGAAGAAACGGACAAAUGGAAGCACAGAGUUGGAAGAGACUCUUUGACGGACCGCAACGCUGAUGAAAAAUUUGGAUUAAAGACGCCAAAACUUCAUUAUCUUUAGCUUUCCAGUAUCAUUGUCAUAUUCCCUGCUAAUUUUAUUAAAACCCCAAUAAGAGAGCUCUAUUCUUUUAUAAGGACAAGGACAUGGCGGUAGUUUUUACCCAUCAUUUGAAAAAAGAAAACAAAAUUAUCCUAUUUUUAACUUUUGCUUUAUUUUUUGUUUGUUAUUUUGUUUCCUUUUAAUCGAUGCAGGUGACUUGCACUAUUUAUUUUCAUGUUUUAGAAAAAGGGAAGCACUGUGACUCAGGACUGUAUGCAUAUAUACUAAUUGAUAAACAAAAUGGGAAGAAAAGCAAAUUAUGUUGUUCAAGCCGACUAUGUACAGUUGAGAGUUCUGGAACUACUUGCAAAAAAUUCAUAGAUAAAAUGAAAAAAAAAA